UGCUUUUUUUGCUAAAGCAGAAGGCAAAAUAAUUGAGCGCCUUUGCUUUUGCUUUUUUACGGAGAUAUUUCCUUCUUCCUUUCAAAGGAGUUGAUGAAAGGCUUGCUUUAGACACAGAGACUUCUGAAGAAGAGAGAGAGAGAGAGAGAGAGAGAGAGAGAGAGAGAGAGAGAAUGGCUGAGAUUGCUGUUCAGUUCGUUAUGCAAAAAUUGCUCGAUUUUCUAACAAAGGAAGCAUAUUUCCUUGAAGGAGUACAUGAUCGGGUCACAUCUCUUCAAGAAAAACUUGAAGAAAUACGUGACUUACUCAAGCACUUCGAUGGGAAGCGCAGAAAAAAUGUUGUGGUUAAGCGUUGGGUGGGCCAAAUAAGAGAAGUAGCCUAUGAUGCUGAGGACAUCAUCGACUCCUACAUCUUUAACAUUGCACAACAGCGAGGAGAGACAAGUGCUGGAUUCAUGAGAAUCCUAGGAAGUUUUUCUCGUCGCAUCACAGACAUCCCAGCAAUCCGCCAGGUUGGAGAGAAGAUCAGCGACAUAGAAAGAAGGCUCAAUGAGAUCUUGUCCAACAGACCAGAGCUUGGCAUCGACAAUAUAUCAGCAUCCGGGGAAGCUUCAUCUUCUUCAGAUCAAAGCUAUACAUGGAGGGAGAAGAGGGCUCCCAUCACCGAGGAAGCUGAUGUGGUUGGUGUUGAAGAUGAGACAGAGACACUGGUUGGGCGGCUGAUUGAAGGAGAUGUGCGGCGUGCUGUCAUUUCAAUCACUGGUAUGGGAGGAAUAGGUAAGACCACUCUUGCUAAGAAAGUUUACAAUAACGUCGAUGUAAAGAAGAAUUUCGAUUUUCAUGCCUGGGUGUCUGUUUCUCAAGAACAUCGACUGCGAGAGAUUUUCCUGAGCAUUCUAAAAUCUCUGGGAAGAAAUGAAAGGGAGACGACGGCUGAGGAAGACUUGGGUAAGCAGCUCUAUGAUCACUUGGAAGGGAAGAAAUAUCUGGUGGUAAUUGAUGAUAUAUGGACGAGAGACGCUUGGAACGGUUUGGUCUCUGCAUUUCCAGACAGGCAAAAGGGCAGCAGGGUGCUGCUCACCACUCGCAAAGUAGAAAUAGCCAAGUAUGCAGAUGCACAGAGCAUGCCCCAUGAAAUGCAUUUUCUUAAUAAAAGUGAGAGCUGGGCAUUGUUCUGUAAGAAAGCACUUCCUGGAAAUCUUGCUCUUCCAUGCCCUGCAAAUCUGGAGGAGUUGGGGAGAAAGAUUGUUGCGGAAUGUGGAGGUUUACCUCUAGCUAUCGCAGUAAUAGGAGGCGUCCUAUCCAGGAAAGAGAAAUCAGUGAAUGAUUGGUACAAAGUGCUUACAAGUCUCAAAUGGCAUCUAAGUGAAAGCGAAGAUGCCAUCUCGGGCAUAUUGGCCCUCAGCUACCAUGACUUACCCUAUUACUUGAAGUUCUGCUUUCUUUAUUUCGGAGCUUUUCCUGAAGACUCUGAAAUUCAAGUGGACAACUUGAUUAAGUUGUGGAUAGCUGAAGGGUUUGUGCAGCAAAGAGGAGAAGAAGAACUGGAGGAUGUUGCAGAGGAUUACGUAGAAGAGCUCAUCAACAGAAGCAUGAUUCAGGUGAUGAAAAGGAAUUCAAAUGGAACAGCUAGGAAAUGCCAUAUUCAUGAUCUUCUACGCGACCUCUCCAUAGCAAAUGCCAAGGAGGAGAGAUUUCUGGACGUGUAUGGGAAGACAGCGCCUACAUCAUCAACCAAGCCACGCCGGCUUGCAAUUACUGCUUCUGGUGGCCUUCAGAAAAUUUUACAAGCCUAUUUCGGGCAGAAGAAGAACCGCCUCCGAUCUUUGUUGCGCUACAAUGACGAGCGGGAAGAGUUUGAAACACCGGUGUUGAAAAGCCUCUUCGGGGCUUUCAAAUUUCUUCGGGUGAUGGAUCUCCGGUACGUAAAGCUCACUAGUCUCCCCGAUGAAAUUGGGUCUCUAAUCCAAUUGAGGUACCUAUGUCUCGUGGGUCCCCAGUUAAAAAAUCUACCAUCCACCAUAACCCGCCUCUCCAAUUUACAGACUUUCAAUCUAUGGUCAACAAAUAUCAAAAUGCUACCAGUUGAUAUUUGGAAGAUGGAACAGUUACGGCACCUAGUGGUAAAAUAUGAAUGUCAAUUCAGCGAAGGUACAGCAGUUCAUCGCUUAAGCAAUCUCCAGACUCUAAAAUACAUAGGUGCUGGCAGCUGGACAGAAGAUGAGUUGGAGAAACUGAUCAAUUUGAGAGAAUUGUCUAUAUGCGGAGAUCUCCGUAUGGCAUCAUCCGGUCCUAUUUCUAAAUUAGUACACCUCAGAUCAUUGUGUCUAAGGGGAGGAUCUGGAAGCUUCAUUCCAGCUGUUGAGUCCUUCUCAAAUCAUCACCAUCUAUAUAACAUGGAUUUGAGUGGACGCUUAGAGAAAUUACCGGAUCUGCACGAAUUCCCACCUAACCUCACCAAGUUACACUUGUUUGGAUCCAAAUUAGAGCAAGACCCGAUGGGAACGCUGGAGAAGCUGCCCAACCUUCGGAUUCUCCGUUAUGGUGGCGAUGCUUACGUGACAAAGGAAAUGGUUUUCUCUGCUGGAGGGUUUCCGCUUCUCAACGAUUUGAUUAUUUGGGAAUGCAAUGAAUUAGAGGAGUGGAGAGUAGAGGAAGGAGCGAUGCCUAAUCUUACAUCUUUACUUAUUAGCUGCAAAAGAUUGAAGAUGCUUCCAGAUGGAAUGCGACAUCUCACCAACCUUCAAGAAUUAAACUUGAUAGAAAUGCCAGAAGAAUUGAAAGAAAGGGUGAGAGAGAAUGAGGGAGAAGACUGGCUCAAGAUCCGACACAUACCCUCUCUUAACCUCUACUAAGAGUAAGGAUGGCUUUUUUGUCAUUUUUAUUUUUUAUGUUUUAUAUUAUUUAUCUAAGACCAUGCAUGAUAGAUAUACAAUUCGCUUUUGGCAUUUCAAUGCAGUUCCAAUCACUUAUUUGCCAUGUGUACGGUAGAAAUGCAUUUAUCAUGGACCUUACUCUGUUGCAUUAGGGUCCUUCUCAAAGUAACUCUGUAUGUAUAUAAAGAUGCUCCUGUGCUCUCUGAUCAC